CGUGCCUCCUCCCGUCGCAGCGCAGGCCCGCAAUUCGCGUCAACCCCGCGGUUCUUCCUCUCACAAACACCUGCUUCAUCGAGGCCAUCUCAAGAGAUCGACUCCAUUGACCAGGAUGACUUUGCAUAUGCUACUCCUGCUCCGUCUGCACGUUAUAUAAAACGUGAGAGAGAGCAGGUACCCACUCCUCGCCCGAAAGAGUUCAUUGAAGACUCGGACCAGCCAGACGAUGACGCUGCACCUAACGAAGGCGAGCUUCAGAGCAGCUCUCCACCAGAGCCAGGGGAGCUCGACGCCGCCUUCGAUGAAGUAUUUGGAUCUAUAAGAGAUCGUCAGAAGAGGCGUCGAGUCUCUGGGCAUAAUGACGCUGAUAACACUCCCUCCGUUCAACGACGGAGACCCGCCGACAGGAUCCUGUCAUCCUCCCCGGAUCCUCCAGUAGCAGCAGCAGACGAGACAACUCUAUCGGUACAAUUCCAGACACCAAAGCAAAUACGUCCAGAUCCGGAGUUCCGGAAACCAGUGCGACCUGCGGAAACACCACAUCCUGUAACACCAGCAAGCAUCAACCCCUCCUCCCUCCAACCCCGUCGUUUCGUGCUAUCCGCGUCGCAACUACCCCCAACAUUCGUCCUGCCUCGCUCCCCUUCCCCUCAGGAGGACGACGAUCCCACCGGCAUCCCCACGCCUUUCUCACCUUCCUCUCGUGCUCUCCGGCGGCGCGGCCGUCACCGUUCAGCGGCACACAACUAUGUUCCUGGUGGCAUGGCGGCGGAAGUGCGCAGCUGGAUUCUGGAAAUGGGCGCAAAAAGGGAACAGCAACAAACGAGUCCGAGCAAUUACCGUAGAACGGAUCCACCUUCACUGGACACGUACGCGAUAGCUAUCCGGAUAACUAGGGCUCGUCAAUCUACCCUGCCGAGUUGCGGCGCUCUGGCGUUCACGCAGGGCCACGCCGUGGAUUCUUCUGAGACCAACGAGACGGAUACUCAGACCCAAACCCAGAUCAAGAACGUGCUCCUUCUCGGACCACCCCGACAACAGAAGUCCCGGCAUGCAGCAUCUCACAUCCCUGACCUUGAACCGGGCGAUGUGGUCGGAGUCUUUCGGGGACUAGCUUGGGAGGUAGAUCUAGGAGAGCCUGCCCCUGCUUUAGAAGUAGGCCUUGACCUCGACGGUCUCUCGCAAUCGGACCGUUCACACAUGCAAAGUGCAGGUAAAUGGCACGUGGGAUUGGAAUGGGAACUAAUCUCAUAG